AUGCUUUUGCGUCAGCUCCUUCGAUUCCACCGAUUCCUACCGGUUGUUACAUCACAUAUGCGAGUGGAAUCCAACUCAUCGUCUCCUUACUCGGUAGCCCCCAUAGGACAACUACAACCCUCACAAAAAUUGCGCUACAAACCGGGUCAGCUAAUCUUGCAUCGUCUCUUUGGUUACCGUGGCGUAGUGCUCAACUCCUGGAAAGCUAGUCUCUAUGACAUGGCAACUAUCACUUUUAAAGUCGAUCCGCCGGAUGAUUCGUGCAAAAAACUUACAUCCAUGUUAUUUGUGCAUCUAGAUAUGGACUACGCAUUCCAUGAGGAUCUUAUCCCCUACACCUGUACACAUGAAUUGCCACUGAUGAAUCCCUCUUUCAUGGAAUUGAUGCACUUCGAUCCAGAUGUGGAGCCCAAGGUCUACCCGACAGAUCGUUUGGAGAGGAUGAUGAAGGAAUUCGGCCCCCGUUUUGAGGUCCAAAGUGUGCACCGAGCGACCACAGAUGGCGUUCGCGUCACUGCUGUCCCAUUCUUCAUGGGCCGACGCAAGUGGCAUUAUCUGAUUCUCAUCGAGAAUAUGACGCAUAGGGGCAUGAAACUCUGUGGAGUUUACUGGAACUUCAGCUAUGUCGAUGGCAGACCUCUAAACGAGUACGACACGGAUUUCGUCGAAACGCCACUUCUGCCUGUGCGGAGUCCCUUUUUCCAAUAUCACUGUUGUUUCCAAGUUCCCGUGCCGAACCUUAGAGCACGUGGUUUCUUCAGACUGGAGGAUGUCGAUGGCGCAGCAGUGGUUGUGGAUAUUCCCCACUUGACAUUAAAGGACGUGGAAUAUUACCAUGAGCUCUAUAUAUCCGACACUGGCUCUGAUGAUGGUCCAAAGUAG